AUGUGUGUUUCUGUUCGUCAUAGAGGAAUGAUUCUUCUUCUUACCAUCGCGUUUUUGGUACUUCAAACUGAUAAGGUUUCGGGUCUAAGAUGGGACAGAGACAUGAGGAUGCAACUUCUCUCAGUUCGACCUUUGCGUGUUCUUGAAGAGUCAUCAUCAUCAUCAUCAAAGGAGGGAGAUUUAGAUACAAAUCAAGGCUUGGCGCCUUCUCCUUUCGUUAUGUCUGAUCCUUGUCAAUCUGUGAAAAGAAUGAUUGGAAGAGGAUCUGAUCCUAUACACAACAAAUGCUGA